AAAACUAAUGUUGAUCCAAAAUCGGUGGUGUGGUCGAAGUUUCUAUUUUAGAGAAUAUGGGGUGUGCUUUUCAUAAUAAUGAAAAAUAUAGGGCGUGAAUGAAAAUAUGGUUUUCUAUUUAAACCAGAGGCGGAAACCGUUGAACUCGGUCAUAUGUCUCUCUGUGCAUUCUGCAGGGAAAGGCGGGCGGCUCAUCAUUUUUUCUGUGGAAUCGUGCAGUAUGAAUCGUCGUGAUCUUAUUUGAGCAGCUAUGGAUGUGGUUGAACGAGCCAGAAAUUGUUCUGUUUUGUACUCUGAAUUCUUUAUUCGACGAUCCUCUCUGUGCGUUCAUUGAGCGGAGCAAUGAUCCUUUUCUGGAAGAAACUGAAGGAAGCUGUCUGCCAGGAAGUGAAGCCAGCGGUUGGGACUGGAUUGCAUCCGAUUUAAUCUCAUCCUCCUCAAAGAGCCUUCACCUCGAGAAUCUGUCAUCUCAAAUUCGAAAUGGAGAGAAGCCGGAAUUUCACCUCAAUUUCAACAAAUAUUGUGGUCUAGGGCUUUUGCCUCCUGAUCUCGACGGAAAUGCAUCCAAACUAAUGCGCAGAAGUGACAGCAGCUCUUCCUUCGAGAAUAACGACAGUUAUUCGCUUCCAUCUCAAUUCAAUUGUGUAUCGGAGCUUCAAAUGUUGCAGAACCAAGCCGCGAGUCAGUUACAAGGAAGCAGUUUCUCCUCCGCAAUUCAAAUGAGAGAGCUCCUCAGCAAUGGAAAUUUACCGAACGCGACCACGAACGUGCAACCGAGAGGAGCGUUGCCGCCUACAAGUCCACCAUCAAUGGAGGAAUCCAAUACCAAAGCAAGGCGGUACACUGCAGAAGAGAGAAAGGAAAGGAUCGACAGAUACAGAGCCAAAAGGACUCACAGAAAUUUCAACAAAACAAUAAAGUACGUGUGCCGGAAAACACUGGCCGACAAUCGACCAAGGAUCCGCGGCAGGUUCGCCCGCCAAGACAUGUUCGAAGACAUUCCUACAUCGUCACUAUUACACCAUCACGAUGCAGAAAAAAGAAACUUUCUUCCCAACUGAUACAUGCGGAUAGGUUCCAGAACAGCAUCGCAGCAUUAUCUAUCGGAAGCAACGACGCAAACAUUUACAUGGAGAAGAACACGAAAGCCACAUUAUGUAAGUCGAAGCUGAGCCUAUGGACAUUUAUGACACGGAAAGGUCAUCAUCACUUGUUAACCCAUUGUCAUUUUUGCCAUUUUGUAAGCUCGGUUAGACAAGAAAAUAAUAAAAAAAAUUAAUAUUUAAUAAA